CAACUUCACAAACUUUCUUAUAUAUAAUUAUAAACAUCUUAAAAAUCCGAUUUUAGUUUUCAGGAAUAAAAAAUUAAAUAUAAAGGAAAAAGAAAAAAUGGAAUCUGAUCAAAACAGGGUUGGUAGCUAUGGAGGAGGAGUGACUGGAAGUGGUGUUGGUGGAGAGAAAGAAUGGGCGGUGGCCAAGAAGAGAAAAAAUACGAGACGGUGGAAUUUGAUUCUGAGGGUUGCUGUGGUGGUGCUCAGCCUAGCGGCAGCGGUGGUUCUUGGCUUCGAUAAGCAGACCACCACGGUGGCGCUGAAGCUGGUUCCCGCUCUGCCCGCGGUGAAUGUUCCGGUCACGGCUGAGUGGCAUCACUUGUCUUCUUUUGUGUACUUUGUGGUGGUGAAUUCAAUAGUAUGUGUGUAUGGAGCAAUCUCAUUACUCUUGAUAUUGGCAAGUGGAGGUAGAAAGAAGAGAUUUAUUUCUGCCACGAUUCUCGUUUUCGACCUAACGAUGGUGGCGCUGCUCUUUUCGAGCAUCGGAGCAGCGUUAGCGGUGGGCCUUAUAGGGCUCGAAGGCAACUCCCACUUGCAAUGGAACAAAGUUUGUAAUGUGUUCGGAAGAUUCUGCCGCCAGGGCGGUGUUGCAUUGGGAUUCUCCGGUGCCGCCUCGUUGGUUUUCUUCUUGUUGGUGAUCUUGAACCACCAUAAGAAAACCUAGGCUGCCUCGAAAUGUGACCUAUAUAUAAAGCGAGCGACUACAUUGUGUUAGUUUUCGUCCUUUUUUAUAGACUGGUUAAAUGGGGGUUUUCCGAUGUUAUAGUCGGUGAGUUUCUCCGGAUAUGCUUAUACGUGUUGACGAGACUACGUAAGAAAGUACUUCAUUAUUACCA